AGGAAUUAUAAGUUAUCCAAACCAUAUCUUCAUUUAUUAUUAAAAUUAGUUAAAUUAUACAAAUUUAAAAUGACUUCAACUAAAUUGUAUGCUAGAGGCGUUAAUUUUAUGGGCUAGUUGGGCUUGUUAAAUAGAUACUAGAACUCUCCUAAUUUUUAAGAAAUAUAAUAAUUGAACGGGAGAUAAAUAGAGCAGGUAGAAACACACUUUAGUCAUUCAUUUUGUAGAUUAAAUGAUGGCCAGAUUCUUCACUGGGGAUAUGUUUUAGAUAGUUUGACAUCAACUAGAAUAUUGAAUUAUUAUAAAUCAUCGCCUAAACUCUGCUAAACUUGGUAAAAAUACGCUCCGUUCGGGAGGACUUUAAGUAUGAGACUUGGAGAAGAGUAACUUAAUUUAAUGAACGUAAAAACAGUCAUGUAAAAAUAAGCAGUAAAAUUUUCAAUAGGAGGCGGAUUCAUUUUAGCUCUAAAUAAUGAUGGUUCUGUAUUUGGUCUUGGUGAAAACUAUAAAGGCUAGUUGGGAACAGGCGAUUUGGGUUUCAAGCAUCACUUUGAACAAAUAAAAUUUGACACAAAAGAAAAAAUUGUAGAUAUUACUGCUGGAUAUUAGCACUCAAUAUUUUUAACAGAAUCUGGUUAUUUAUAUGGAACUGGUAGAGCAAAUUGGCAUUAAAUUGUUCCAUACUUAAAAGAAGACAAAUAAGAUAGUAGAUCUUAUGUUGAUUUUCAUAAAAUACCCAAAAGAAUGGUGAUCAAAAAUGAAAAAGUCAAAAAAAUGUCUGCUGGUUUUUCUCACACAAUUUUCUUGACACUAAGUAAUAAAAUAUAUGGCAUUGGUCUAAACAAUCAUGGACAAUGUGGAGCUUCUAAUUUAAACCGUAUAACAUGCGAUGAAUAUCACCCAGUUUACACAGAACUAGAUAGUGAUGAAAAAAUCAUUGAUAUAGCUGCAGGAAAAAGUCACAAUAUUUUUAUUACAAAUAAAAAGAAAAUAUUUGCAUUUGGAGCCACUAUACACAACUAAAUAGGUCGUCUUCCUGAAUUUGACAUCGAUUAAUGCAGUCCUACUCAAGUUAGAAUCGAAAUGGAAGAAGAUGAGUACCCCACAAAAGUAAAAGCUGCUUUUGAUAGAAGUGCAGUAUUUACAAAUAAAGGUAAUUGUUAUGUUUGGGGUGGAGAAGAUUUGCGAGCUAUUGGUGCAGAAAAUUAUGGACCUGUCUAAAAUCUGAAGAAAGAAAUGGGAUUAACAAGUGAAUAAAUAAAAGAUGUGGGACUGGGUUAUCUUCACACUCUAGUUUUAGUAGAAUAAUGAGAAUAUCAAAGGAUAAAAACCAUUAAUGCAGAUUGUUUGCUUUGAUUACGCAUGCCUUGGUUAUAUUAAUUUAUACUUACCUAAUUAAAUAGUAAAUAAAAGGAAAAAAAUCCAUAAGUCAAAUUAAAUUAAAAUUGUAAAAAUUGUUUGAAAUUCUUUCAUUAAGCUAUUUGUGCAUAUUUAUUUUUUUAAUUGCAUCAUAUUAUCUAUCAAUCUAAUUCACUAAUUACCUUUCGUAUUAUCAAAAAUCAAACAAAAUUAAAUCCAC